CAGUGGGGAUUCCCAAUGUCGUCGGGUACAUGUUGACCGCAUCAGGCUAACCUAGUAAAACGAAGUGGAAAUAUGGAUACACCUGACCUUCGUAGGCUGUUUUCCGCAUGUGAUGGAAAUAAGUCGGGAAGAAUUGAAUAUGAGGAUUUCACGACUGUUUGCCGAGAGCUUAAUGUACCAGCCGGAGAGAUAAGAACUUUGUUCAGCAAAUUUGAUGUGGACGGAGACGGAUGCAUUAAUUACAGCGAUUUUUGUUCAAGCUUCCACGAAGCAUCUGAAACUCUCAAUUUGGCCUCACUGGGCCACAGUUGUCAGUCCCAUGGAAAUGCUUGGGAUGAGUUUGAAAAUACCAUGGACGGAGACGUGGCCUACUAUUUGGGAAGGUUAUGGGAUCCUCUGAGCGAGCUGUACCAGCAGAUCCAUGCUUUGUCAGACAUGCUGCUGCUACAGCAGUAUGAGGAUCUGAUCAAAGCCCUGGUGGUAGAGAGCAGAGAGCACCGGCUGGAGAGUGACCAGCUGGAAACCAGCCUGAGACGGACGGAGGAAAUGGCGAGCACCCAGCUGGCGGAGAUGGAGGAAGACCUUCAGCAGCAGCUGAACCAUGCGGAGCAGAGAGUCCGGGAGGAGGAGCAAAAGAAAACAGACAGCACUAUUGCCACGAUCCAGAUCAAGCACAAGAAUGAAUUGGCAGACCUGCAGUCAGCAGUGGAGAAGCUUACACAGCAUCAAGAGGAGGCUGAGCUGAACAGCCCUAGAGGUGAAGUCAUCAAAUAUAGGAAUGAAAUCCAAGAGCUGACUCAGGAGAAUGAAGAGCUGAGGUGUUCUCUGCUGAAGGCUCAAAUGAGGGUCUCUGUCCUGCAGGUUGAAUUGGACAAACUGAAGAACGCAUAUGCUGAUGAGAAGCUUCAGCAUGAGAGAGAAAGUAAUGACCUUAAAAAGAUGGUCAUCGAGUACCAGUCUUACCCUGACCAUAUUGAAUUCCUUCAAGAAAUGAAUAAGAAGUUAUAUGACAGCAAUGAUGGUUUACGGUCUGCUCUGGCUAAAAACACUAGUUCUUCCAAGAGGCGUCUUUCCCCCAGAAAUGAAAUCCCCCCUAGGAAACUGAAGCCUCUUCGACAGAGUACAAUAAAUCACAACAGCAUGGUCAGUGAGGAAGAUGACAUGUCUGUGGACCCCUCCAAAGAGAAGUUCUCCCUUGUGGAACGCUGGGCAGAUAAAUAUCUGGACAGUGGGGUUUCCUUACAGACAGAUACAGACCGGAUGUCGUGCACCAAUUAUGAUAGUGAUGACAGCCAUGAGUCUGUGGAGACUGUACAUCAUAGCUACUCCUAUGUUCAGUCUGAAAUGGAGAUGUCAGAUCUGAAGUCUGACAUGAACAUGUCAAUAGCUCACAGCAAAGUUAGCUCGUUAGCCUCCUCUCUGCGUCGACGGCUGUCAGCUUUUCCGAUAAAGCACACUGAAUCGGACACGUUUGAUUUUGAUGAGUCUGUUCCAAUGUACCGCCUGGUGCUGGCAGGUGAUGCAGGAUCUGGCAAAUCAAGCUUCUUACUGCGUCUAAGUCUCAAUGAGUUCCGAGGAGACAUGCAAACCACGCUUGGGGUUGACUUUCAAAUGAAGAAGAUGCUCGUGGAUGGAGAGAAGACAAACCUUCAGAUCUGGGACACUGCAGGGCAGGAAAGGUUUCGAAGCAUUGCCCGAUCUUACUUCCGCAAAGCCCAUGGGGUGUUGCUACUUUAUGACGUCACAUCGGAGAGCAGCUUCUUAAAUGUUCGAGAGUGGAUGGAACAGAUUCAGGAGUCCACAGACAGGAGCAUGCCCUUGUGUGUGAUUGGGAACAAAGUGGACCUGAGGGCAGAGAGGCCACAGGGCACCUGUGUGAGUUCUGCCCAUGGAGAGAAACUUGCCAUGACUUACAAUGCCUUGUUCUGUGAGACAAGUGCCAAGGAGGGUACCAAUGUAGUGGAGGCAGUUCUGCAUUUAGCAAGAGAGGUAAAGAAACAUGCCAAGGCCAGACGACCAUCAGAGUCCCAGAUUAAACUGAGUCUGGGUAGCGGGAAGAAGACACUGAGUACCUGCUGUAGAGUGUAAACGUGACCACUUCCCACCCAGCUAUGCACAGGAAAACAGA